AGCAUGACUUUAGGAGUGCUGGGGAGGCCUGUUUACCCCACACUGGGGGGACCUGCCUGCCAUUCCCAGUGGGUAGCCUUUCUCUUUCUGUGGAGAAUCUGUAGAGGGGUGGUGGAUGUGGGUCCUACGGGGUUCUCCAGGGGCUGCUGGGGGCAUGGUGAAGAGUUUGGGCUUCAGGCCUGGCUGCCUGGGUCCCAGCCCCACCACUUCCUGUUACGUGUAGCUUUGGGCAAGCGACUCAGCGCUCUAAGCCUCAGUUUCCCCAAAUGCAAGAGGGACCUGUGGGCGUAUCCGACCUCUCAGGGCUGCUGCAGGGAUUGAACAGGAUUGAAAAGGCCUGUGCCUAUUGAACACCGAGCUCCUCACCUCAGUUUCCCCAUCUGUAAAAUGGGGAUACUACCACUACCGUUUGCUUCAUGGGGUGAAGAGUGUUCAAUGACUUACCACGCAUGAAGGAUUUGAUAUGGUGUCUGGCACAUAGUAUGUGUUCAACAAACAUUAGUGUUUAUUAUUUGGGGGCUAGGUAGGGACUAAGGUAAGAUACAGUAAACACAGGCAUGAUUUGAGGAUGUGGGAUCUGGCUGCCAAAGUGGGGAUCCAGGGACCACGCCUAGCCCAGGGGAUGGACACAUGAGGGUGGCUCAGGGGGGUGAGGGGCCAGGGAUGAUUCCAGAGGUGGAGGGGCGCCUCCCUACAUGGCCAGGAGCCGACCUGAGCUCCCCGCCCCGCCCGAGCUCCUGCCCCUCCCUGUAGGCUCCUGGCUACUUGCAGUGAUGAUGACCUUCCCGGGGACCUGCAGUCCCUGUCAUGGCUCACAGCGGUGGAUGUGCCACGGCUGCAGCAGAUGGCGAGUGGCCGCAUGGACCUGGGUGGCCCCGGUGCGCUGCCCCCACACCCAGGUGCCUUGGCCAGGGCGGCUGACCUGCAAGUGGGAGCUACCGCAGGUGCCCUGCUCCAUGGCCCGGCUGGCGUGGCCCCCCCAGGCAUGCUUGGCCUGGGCCCCAUUGCCAGUCACGGAGCCACUGUGAGCCAGAUCCCUGUGGGGGGCCAGCCCUCAUCUGGCCUGCAGGACUCGCCACAGCUAUACUCGUCCACCCCCCAGACACAGUUACCGCUCCCCGCAGGCCCGCAGCAGUGCCCUCCUGUGAGCCUGUAUGGCUCCCCAUUUGGAGCACGGUCUCCGUACUCCCAGCCCCGCAUGGCUGUCCAUUCAUCUCAGGAACUGCACCCCAAACACUACCCCAAGCCCAUCUACUCAUACAGCUGUCUGAUCGCCAUGGCCUUGAAGAACAGCAAGACAGGCAGCCUGCCCGUGAGUGAGAUCUACAGCUUCAUGAAGGAGCACUUCCCCUACUUCAAGACAGCUCCCGAUGGCUGGAAAAACUCCGUGAGACACAACCUGUCCCUGAACAAGUGCUUCGAGAAGGUAGAGAACAAGAUGAGUGGCUCCUCGCGCAAGGGCUGCCUGUGGGCCCUGAACCUGGCCCGCAUCGACAAGAUGGAGGAGGAGAUGUACAAGUGGAAGAGGAAGGACCUUGCUGCCAUCCACCGGAGCAUGGCCAACCCCGAGGAGCUGGACAAACUGAUUUCGGACCGACCAGAAAACUGCAGACGGCCUGGCAACCCCGAGACCACUGUGCUGACUCACGCCGCCACGGUGGCCAUGGCCCACCGCUGCCUGGCUGUCUCCCAGCUCCCACCCCAGCCCCUGGUGACCCUGUCCUUGCAAUCAGUCCCCCUGCACCACCAGGUCCAGCCCCAGGCACAUCUGGCCCCAGAUUCUCCAGCCCCAGCACAGACCCCGCCCCUGCAUGCCCUGCCAGACCUGAGCCCCAGUCCCCUGCCCCAUCCUGCCCUGGGAAGGGCCCCUGUGGACUUCAUCAACAUCAGCACCGACAUGAGCACCGAGGUGGACGCCCUGGACCCCAGCAUCAUGGACUUCGCUCUGCAGGGGAACCUCUGGGAGGAGAUGAAGGAUGGGGGCUUCAGCCUGGACACCCUGGGGGCCUUCGGAGACUCUUCCCUUGGCUGUGAGCUGGGGGCUUCAGGCCUGACCCCCGUCUCCGGCGGGAGUGACCAGUCCUUCCCAGACUUGCAGGUGACAGGUCUCUAUGCCUCGUACUCGACCCCAGACAGCGUGACGGCGUCAGCCACCACCUCCUCCUCCCAGUACCUGGGCGCCCCAGGGAACAAGCCCAUAGCCCUGCUUUGAGGUGAUGGCCUUGUCUGCCCCCACCCCAGCCCCUGGCAGAGAGCUCCCCGGAGCCUGGUGUACUGGGAAGUGAGGCCUCUUCCACCUGUUGGCGCCCCUGGCCCUCUCACUCCCGCACAGGAGGCCUUCUGGGCAACUCCCCCCACCCCAGGUCAGAAGGACAGAGGAGAAUGGACAGGCACACCAGCUUCCCCUGACCUCAACGACCUCCCCCCCGCAACGCUCCUCCCAGAGAGUGACAUCUGAGAAUGAGAUUCUGGAGCCUGCACCCCUGCCGGGCUCCUGAGAGGACCUGCAGCCUGACUUUGAGAUGGGACGCAUUGGUACGCCAUGGGAACUCUCCAGCGGGGAGGCCCUUGAAAUCAUUCUUCUGGGGCUAAGCAUCCACUCGGGCCUCCAGAGAUCAGGCCCCGAGGUCAGAAGCAGAACCGGCAGAACCGGCAGCUCCCCUCUGCCAGCCGGGGCUGAACUCCAGGAUGGGCGUGCGCCCCCCACCCUCCAGCCCUACUUUUCCUGCAGGCCAUUGCACACAACAGAUCCUGCGCCAUGCUGGGCCCUGGGCCCCCAUGUACCUUUAUUUAUAUUUAUUGGAGCCCCUCUGCAGCAUCGAUUGGAACUGGCCCUGGAAUGAGAGUCCCCGGUCCCUGCCUGCCUCCCGGCAACCCUUCCUCCUAAAUUUCUCCAGAGGAUCAUGGCGCCAACAGGCUCUUAGAGCCUUGGGCUGGUUUUUUAGAACAAAAAGCUCUUGGGAUACUACGGGACAUUCUCUUUUUCUAAAUCAGAGACCAGAGACGUUUCUGACUGCUUAGUCAUGAUCCAGAUUUCUUCCCACAUGCGCCCAAGAAGACAGGAGUGUACCUCACUCCAGGCUUGGGGGCUUCCGAGGGGGAGACCAGGGUGGGAAUGGGAAGGAUGGCGGGGGCCAUUCGUGCUGGGAUUUAAGACACUGAUGGGAAAAAAAGCAAAGGGGACGAUGUAAAGCUUGCCCCGCGUGGUGAGAGGGCUGACGGAGCUGCCAGGCGGUGUGUUUAUUGGCACCUGCUUGUCUCGUCCUUGCCCUAUGGCUGUUUUUAUGUGGUUUUCUUUCUUUCUUUCUUUUUUCUCUCAUUAUCAGUUACUGAUUUCACAAGUGGUGGAUUCUGCAGACGGUGGGUGGGAGGGACAGGAGAGCGGGUCUGGGGAAAGAGAAGGUAAAAGAGAAGGACCCUCCAGCCCCAUCGAUGCCGAGAAGUGCAGUGGUGGUUCGGACCACUGUCCCCUCUUGACCAGCUGGAUGUCCAGCUAUGUCUGGGCAUCCCCAAACCCGAGGACCAGACUCUUCAUCAGACAGCCGCCUGGAGGGCUCAAGGCUGGGGCUUGUCUUAAAGGACCAUCUUGAAGUACUUGCUACCUAGUUCUGGAACUUUCUGCCAAGCAGCCUUCACCUUUAGACACAGCCUGGUGCUGGCCAUCUGAGCAGGACUGUUCAGUGGCUUUGCGGGAUGUGGCCCCCGACAAGUUACGAUGUUUGAGUUGUUGCCAAUGAAGACCCCAUGUUCAGGUGACGCCAAGACUCUCAGAGUAGCGUUGAAUAACUGUCUUUUGUCAAAACAGGCUGAACGGCAGCUCUGUGGCUCAGAGGGAGGCGUGGCGGAGGUGAAGGACAAAAGCUCUGUUUGUCACUCACCGCUCACAGCUGAGGUCCCAUUUACAGACGGGGGCGGGGGGGCGGGGAAACUGAGGCCCAGAGAGGCA